UAAUCAGCAUAAAUCCCUUGGAGGCAGAAAAUGUUUCUUGCUUUACAAAUCAUAUGAUAUAAGACAUUUCAAGGCCAGUGCAAUGGCUCUAAAUGCUUAAAGAUUUUGCUCCUGGUGACAAUACGGGAAAUUGAAGAUGGAGGGAGGACAGUUCUAUAUUACAGGGGAUGCUGAAUAUUUCAUUUCUUUGGUCACAUCUUCAUAAAGACACCACUAGUAAGUAGUAUGGCACAAGAGAAGGAGCAUUAUACGGUGUACCUUUUAGUCAGAAAAAAAGGUUUCUUAUGCAUUUGAUUGCCACACAGAAAAGUUUUAAAGCACUUCUUAAUUUUCUGUGCCUGGUUAUCAACACUGACCUAUAUUUACACUUGACCUUUGUGUGUAUGGGGUGGGAGACAAGGUUUCACUCUGUUGCCCAGGCUAGAGUGCUGUGGUGGAAUCAUGGCUUACUGCAACCUUGACCUUUCCAGGCUCCAGCGAUGCUCCCACCUCAGUCUCCUGAAUAGCUCUGACUAGAGGCGCACAUCUGCAGCUAAUUUUUGUAGAGACAGAGUCUUGCUCUGCUGCCCAGGCUGGUCUUGAACUCGGGCUCAAGUGAUCUGCCCGCAUCUGCCUCCCAAAGUGCUGGGGUUACAGGUGUGAGCCACAGCGUCCAGCCAGGUGAAGAGAUUUAAUAAGGGGAAUAUCUCCUUUAUUUUUAUCUUCAUGUGUCCUGAUUGAAACUUUCUGAUUGUUUUCUGCAUUAGGUCCCACAAAAAUAGUGUCAAAUUCAAAGAUAAAUCUGAGGCCUUAAGUACAAUAUUUCAACCACUAAUAUGCACGUGUGUUAUGAGCCCUGACUAGGAAUAUCUUCAGAAAUGUGGGUUGUACUUGGGAUCUGCCUCACAAGAAGAUUGCAUGUGAAAUUCUCUGAAGAUCCCCUGUGAUGCACAAGGCAGAAGAAACGGGUGUACACGAAGAAUCAGAAGAACCAAAGCCCCAGUUUUCUCACCCAGAUAACCGCAGUGGCUUCCAAGCAACAGAGAGCAAUGACCACCUUUGCCCCUUCAUCCUCUUUCCUACUGCCAAGACUGAACCAGCUGUUAGACUGAUGGAUGUAUGAACCAAAUGAUCUUGCAAGCAAGCGAAUUCCAUGACUGACUUACCCCAUAGAGGUUUUCGGGCAGCCCGAGAGAUUGACACAUGAUAUCACCGGAGGCGUGUCCUGGAGUGGAGGUGGAGGUGGAGGCAAGGAGCUGAAAUUCUGCGGAGCCCGAGUGAGAUCGCUCUGCAAAGCACGCAGUGGUUUGCAGAGUGAUAUCAGCAGGCAGAGUUCCCUGCCCUGGAUAAGGAACAACUACAGUCGCUGUAAAUGUGCCUGAAAAGCAAUUUCCAAUCUUUGCAUUAGGCAUUUCGGCCGUGGAGCUGCAGGCUCGGAGGGCUGGGUGUGAGCGCUGCCCGGGAGAGGCUGACCUGCCAGGCCCGGAGUUCCCAGGGACGCGGUGCCCCCACUUGCCCUACGUGUGAGAUCGGCAAAGCGCCUCGGCCUGAGCGGGGAACAAGGGACGACGCCCGCCUCUCUCUCCGAGAAGGAUCCCCAAACCUCGCUCCCUUAACCCCUCCCCCCUAAAAACACGGGUAAAAAGAUUCCCCUCCCCCUACCCGGCCGCGGCGGCCUCUGCCUGGCAGGCGCGUGCUCCAGGGUCUCGCGCGGGGCUUGCGCGGCUCCGUGACCCGCCCGGCGACGCCGGUUCGAGCCCUGACCCGGGCGCCGCGGAAUCUCGAACGCCCGUGACGUGGAUUUUUCGUUCGUCAGGAGGCCGCCAUCCCUUCCUUCGUUCCCUGCGAGGAGCGACCAGAACCGGAGAAGUACUCUGAGCACACCGUGCCGUCAGCCAGCCCGUCACGCACUCGACUCUCCGCCACUCCCCUGCUGGUUUUUCUGAGACGCGGAGAGCCUUCCCGAAAGGAUUUGUAAAAACUGGUUCUUAGAAGGGCUCUGCGGAAGACCUCGUGAGGUGGAUGUUACUGCGCCGCCCGGCGAGCGCCAGCCGUGAGAGGUCCGGCCCGGGCCGCGCGCAGCCGCGGGAGAACUGCCCUCCGCAGCCGGAAGGGGGCCGCGGGGAGCGCUCCUGCCGGGAGGCGGCGGGGGCGGGGGAGGCCGCGGGCCCAGGCGCCGCAGCUCCGGCGAUGCCGCCUCGCCCUCCCCGCCUCGGUUGAUGCGGCGCGGCUACGCCGCCGCCCGCCCCGGGACCUGGGCCGGCUCGCAAGCCUUGGCCCCCAGCCGCCGCUUCGGCCUAGUGCGGAUUGCAGAGGGCGCAGCUCCACCGUCGUAGCUUGCAAUGUGGCCGUCCGUGCGCUGGGUUCUUCUCUCCGGCCCUAAGUGAACCCGGCUUUUCCUUUAAAGUAGAGACACAUCCUUGCUUAGGAUCAUCCAGACCGUGGGCUUGCUUUGGGCGCCCUCAUGGACGCUGAAGGCUCUAAAUGAUUUGUCGGAAACCUUGGUGGGCCACGCAAAAAGUGUGUUGGAAAUCCACGGUGAUCCUUAGGAUGUGAUGGGAUUGUCCGAAAAGGAUUUCAGAUGCAUGCCAGGUUUCCACUGAUUGCCAGAACUCGAGAUCACUACACAUGGAUCCCCAAAAUCAACAUGGCAGUGGCAGUUCAUUAGUUGUGAUCCAGCAGCCUCCUUUGGAUAGCCGUCAGAGAUUAGACUAUGAGAGAGAGAUUCAGCCUGCUGCUAUUUUGUCCUUAGACCAGAUCAAGGCCAUAAGAGGCAGCAAUGAAUACACAGAAGGGCCUUCAGUGGUGAAAAGACCUGCUCCUCGGAUAGCACCAAGACAAGAAAAGCAUGAAAGGACUCAUGAAAUCCUACCAAUUAAUGUGAAUAAUAACUACGAGCACAGACACACAAGCCACCUGGGACAUGCAGUACUCCCAAAUAAUGCCAGGGGCCCCAUUUUGAGCAGAUCUACCAGCACUGGAAGUGCAGCCAGCUCUGGGAGCAACAGCAGUGCGUCUUCUGAACAGGGACUAUUAGGAAGAUCACCACCAACCAGACCAGUCCCUGGUCAUAGGUCUGAAAGGGCAAUCCGGACCCAGCCCAAGCAGCUGAUUGUGGAGGACUUGAAGGGUUCCUUGAAAGAGGACCUGACACAGCACAAGUUCAUCUGUGAACAGUGUGGGAAGUGCAAGUGUGGAGAAUGCACGGCUCCCAGGACCCUGCCAUCCUGUCUGGCCUGUAACCGGCAGUGCCUUUGCUCUGCUGAGAGCAUGGUGGAAUAUGGAACCUGCAUGUGCUUAGUCAAGGGCAUCUUCUACCACUGCUCCAAUGAUGACGAAGGGGAUUCCUAUUCGGAUAAUCCUUGCUCCUGUUCACAGUCACACUGCUGCUCUAGAUACCUGUGUAUGGGAGCCAUGUCUCUAUUUUUACCUUGCUUACUCUGUUAUCCUCCUGCUAAAGGAUGCCUGAAGCUGUGCAGGGGGUGUUAUGACUGGAUCCAUCGCCCAGGGUGCCGAUGUAAGAACUCCAACACUGUCUAUUGUAAGCUGGAGAGCUGCCCCUCCCGGGGUCAGGGUAAACCAUCAUGAUUUUUGGAGGUGGGUUGUACCUCCUGAACUUCUAGCUUUCAAGUUGUGGCCGUUAAAAAAAAAAAAAUCCUAUUAGAUACUGGCUUUCUUUUCUUCAGAAUUUUUCCCUGUUUCCCACAUUCUCUUCCCCUGUUCCCAAGGUCUGACUCAUGGAUUUUUUUCUCUUCCCUCAUGGAUGAUCUUCAGUUAAGAGUGAACUGGGAAGCUGUACCUGGCUCCCACUUAGGACCAGAGCCUCUGCCAUCCACUUGAGAGGGUAUUGAGAGCCAGUGGGCUUCUUUGUAGUCUUUUUCUUCUGCAAGCAACUUUCUAAAGUUGUAUACAUGAACAUAUACACCCACACCCAGACCACAGAGACUUAGAGCUGUGGUGAUUGGGUACCUUGGGAGCAGGGAAAUCGGAUUUUCAAAAAGCAACCAUUUAAUUGCUUAAAUAAGCUAUGUAUUAAAUCUGUCUCCAGUUAGGGCUCUCUUCUAGCCUUGGCCCCCUACGUAGCAUGGGGGAUAUAUUUUUUGCCAUAACAUAAAAAUUUUCCUUUAACCACUGCCCUGUCCUUGUCUUUCAAGGGUCUUUCCCCUCAGUUUUGGCAUUGUUUUACUCUGGAGAUGCCAACCGUAUUUUUUUCUUUUCUUUCGAUGUAAUUUUAGAUUCGCUUGACAAUGUCAAUCUUCACAUUGGAGAUACAUUGGUUGUACCUUGCCCAUCUUCACUCUAGCUUUCGUAUUUGUGAAGGACUCAACCGCCUUCCUUCUACACCCCAUGCUUCUCAGCAAAUUUUUGUUGUCAUUGAGGGCAUUUGGAUAACUCAAGUUGAUAUUUAUAGCUGAUCAAUCUAUAGGUGUCACAGAACUAUGCUGCCUAAAGUGAUCCUGGCUCCUUAAUGGUCCUUUUGGGCCCCCUGGUUAGUUAACAGCUGAGUAAUUCUAAUCUCUUCUGUGUUUUCAUUGCCUUAACCACAAAUUGUGGUGCUUUUUGUAUAUUUUAUGUAUAAAUCACAAAGUUGAAUUCUGACUAUUUUUAAGACAAAAGUCUGUUAAACUUUUUUAUUGUAAAGAAUAUUUAUUAUGCGAAUCUAUUAUUUUAUGAUAUUUAUUGCAAAGACUGUUGAAAUGUACCCAUGUCUGAAUAUAACAAAAUAUCAAUACUUAACGGAGAAUAAGGUGACACGAAGAAAGUACAUAUGUUAACUAUAAUGCAGAAAAUAUAUUAAUUAAUGAAACUGU